AUGAAGCUCUCUGUUAUUUCUGGUGUUUUUGCGCUUCUCUGCAGCAUCGUCCACGCCGAAGCAGAACCCGAGGCCAACCCCGACCCCCAAACUAGAGUAUCCCUCAGCCUCGCCACACUCAACCCCUCCCUCGCAACCCUCAUCACCUUCAUCACCGUCAAGCCCACCACCACCACCACCAUCACCUCCACCACCCCAACCUCCACCUGCACCAACAUCACCACCGUCAUCUACAAGACGGCGACCAUCUACGUGACCCUCCCCGCCACCACCGUCACCAACACCACCACCCUCACCCUCCCCGCUACCACCGUCACAAACACAACCACUCUGACCCUCCCGCCCGUCACUAACUACACUACCUACACCCUGCCCCCGGUCACGGUUAGUGCCAUGCUCGAGCACCACGACGAACCCGUGCCCGAACCCGUGUGUGGUAACGAAGACGACGGAUGA